UUAUAGUAGUGCUAUAGGUCACUAUAGCGAGGCAACGGUUGUUGGUAUUUGACAGUUGUUUUUGAUCAAUCGCGGUGAACGCUACGUACCUGAACAACAUCAUGUUCAAGACGUAAGUAAUCGACACGGUGAUAUUAUUGUUCUUUCUUCGGCUAAUUUUGUCCCGAAUACAUUAAAUACAGAGUAAAUUAAAAUAAAAUAGUGUAUACGCGCUGCGGUUAUUAUUAACGCGAUCGUUAUUGACGUUUAUCGAAUGAAAAAAUUAAGAAUAAGGACACGCAUAGACUACACGAACCAUGUGUAGUACACAAAUCAUACACGAAAUGAAAGAAGUAAAUCAGGCAAAUGAAUCAAGAGUUCUGUGCGGCGUCUAUACAACGAGCGGCAUCGCCCUGAUAUUUCUCUUUGUGAUGCUUUGUGCCUUGAGUGAGAAAGUAAGAUAUCGAGCGAAGUUCACCUUCUUCAUAGUAGGCAGCGCGUUAGCCGCAGGAUUAUGGAUACCGUUCAUGCUGUUCCGAAUCGGUAGUUGGAAAAAUGCACUAAUGCCAGCCAGAUGUGUAGUAAGAAUAGCGAAGAUCAUUGGAAUCAAAUUCCGUUUUCGUGGUAAAGAGAAUAUCAUCAAAGACUCGGGCUGUGUCGUGCUCAUCAAUCAUCAGAGUUCACUAGAUCUUUGUGUUUUAGGUGAAUUGUGGCUAGCGAUGGAGAAUUGCACUGUAAUUUCUAAAAAAGAGAUUAUGUACCUUGGACCAUUUGGUCUCGCGACUUGGCUUUGGGGAACAGUGUUCAUCGAUAGGAAAAACGUUGAAGAAGCCCAACAAAUUAUUAACGCUACAGCGGAAUCUAUUCGUCUGGCAAAGGAUUUCGAACUUAAACGUCUGUCGCGCACACGGCCGUACAAGGGAACUAGUUAUAUUACAGUUCUGCCGUCUAUUCCUACCGCGGGUUUGACUAAAAACGAUCUUCCAAAGCUUAUGGAGCAAGUGUACGAAGUUAUGAACAAAACUUUUGUGGAAUCUACGACGGAAUGUCUCGAAGAACAAAUACAAAGUUUUAAGUGUGAAUAAUAAGAGUAACGCGGAAUUAUCAUUGUCCAAAAUGUAAUCUGAAUUAAUUGGCGAAUUCGCAAUUGAUGAAUUCAAACGGUACUUUUUGAGAUUGCAUGUAGGAAUGAUUUUCAUCGUGUUGUAUCGAACAAUUUUUCUAGACGUGCUGUUUUUCAGCGCGUUCUUUUCCAUACAUUUAUGUGCGCAUAAAGAAAUCUUAGCUCCUAACUUAAUAAGAGUCAUUUAGAUCUUUACAUGCCCGUCGAUCGAUUAAUGGUAAUUGUUUUUUUUCGGCAUUAUUACGAUAACGACAUAAAUUUGAGAUAUGUUAUAUCGACCACACUGCUCUUCCAUUAUUUCUUAUACGAGUUUAUUUUUAAAUAUCAGAAAAAAGAAUUUUUCGCGAAACUUAAACGAUUUUUCAUCGAUGCGAUUUAUACUUUUUUAUACCUCUUGCAGAAAAAUUUAAUUUAUAUAAUUGAGGUUCUCUCUCUAUUCCUAAGUUCUAUAUUAUCGUGCAAAAUGUGACGUACAUUUCUAAUAGAUAUGCAAAAUUGUACCUGCUAUAAAAUCAUUCAGUAUGUAUAGAUCAUCUCAUAUGUUUAUGUAUUCCAAUGUGUACAUAUUAUAUUAUGAGAUAUAUGAUAACUUUACAUUAAAAAAUUCAAUCUGGAUAUUUGAAAUUAAUUGUUAUUUCUAUUGUUCUCUAUAUGCGCGAUUAAUAUGUACUAUUAUAUUUUCUUUAUAAUAAGAGAACAAUGUUUUUUUCUAUAUUUAAGCAAUGUUAUAAGUUUGUAAAAAUAUAUUUAAUUUUUUUUCAAAUAUCUGAGAUUGAAUUUAGGAGCAUUGCGACAUUAAUUAAUGAUUAAAUAAACAAUAUCAAUAAAAUUGUCCGCCAUUGUAUUUAAUGCGUCCAUAUUCUCGUAUAAUGUAUGCAAAGUAUUUUUUCCGAAAUCUUAAAUUAUGUUGAAAUUUUACUAUUUAUUCCCAUGAGACUAAAUAUAUAAACGGAGUGCCAUGUACAUACUUAUAUAUAACGUGUUUUCAAUCUUAUUAUAAAACUGAAUCCUGUCGAGUAUAUAUUUGCAAUGUAUUCAUGUACACAUCACAUGUUUUAAGUUUAAAUUAUAUUAUAGAUAGAAUGAGGAAAAUUGCUUUUAUUAAGUAACAUAAAUAAUUAAUGCGUUAUUAGGAAAUAAUGUAUCAAUAAUGUAUAUUCUUUUUUGAAUUCGUAAUAACAUAUAUGAGAGAAAUAUCGAACAACAUCUGUAUAAAUGCAUUUUUGCAAAUGUGUGAUUUAUGUAUGUUUACGUGUAUUUUCUCAAGAAUAAUGUGUUAAAACUACAAUAAAUUAUAUUUUAAC